AUGUUGUGCAAAAGUAAGCAUUUCUUUAGAGAUACUGAAUAUUUCAUUUAUGAAAAAGAGAACUCCAUUCAAAUAGGGAAAGUAUAUCUUCAUUACAAAUCAUUAGAAUGAAAAAUAAAUUAAAUACACAAUCUAAUUAGAUUUAUCAACUAUAAUUACUUGGGUAUAUGGAGAUAGAAAUCGUUUCAUUGGAUUCAAAUUUAGAUGGAAAUAAAAAAUGAAAACAAUGAUUAUGGAUUAUCAUAAAUGUUUAUAACUUAAAAGCAUUUUUGAUGGAAAAGUCACAUAUAAUAAUCUAGUCAAAAUGUUUAAUAGUGUAAAAUCAAUACGGAAGCAAUCACAUAAUACAGUAUAUAAAAGUUUUAAAUUUUAUUGUAGAUCCUACUUGUCCAUAGUUGUAUUGAUUAAAGAUCAUACUAAAUGAAAGUGACACCAAAUAGUAUCGAUUAUAAUAAACUUGUAUUAAUAAAAUCUAAUCAUUAGGAUUUUAUGUUAGAAUUAGAUGUGUUAAGCCUUCAACAUAAAAAUAUGAUAUCAGUUUCUGAAUAUUUUGUAGAAAAUGAUAAAUUUCAUAUUAUAUUUGAGCAUCUAGAAGGAAGGAGCUUAAGGGAAAGAAUGAAUUCGUAAUAUAAAAUGAAAAAAGAGGAAAUUAUAGUAGUUUUAAAAGUAUUUAUUAUUUUUAAUAUAAAUAGUAACUUCUUAGUCUUCUAAUUGCAUUGCAUAAAAAAGGAUAUAUAUGUAGAGAAUUAAAUCAAGAUAAUAUUUUUAUAUAGAAAAAUGGUAGAAUUAUUUUGACUGAAUUCGGAUAAACUACAAAAUUAGGUGAAAUAAUGAGAACUAAAAGAGGAACAAAAGAUAUUGAUAUGAUGAAUGAGUUGACAUAUCAAAAUAAUUAAGAUUUGAAUUUAAAUAAUGAGGAAUUCGAUAGAUAAUUUUGGUUUGCUUAAGACAUAUAUUCUCUUGGAGAAUUGCUUCAUGAAAUGUAAUAAAAAUUGAUAUAUAUAUAUAGGUUAACUGGUAAAAGUAUCUAAAAAACAAUAUUUGAUAAAUAUAGUGGAUUUCAAUCUAGUCAAAAUACGAUUUCCACUUUAAGAAAGAAAGUUGGACUUAGAAAAUUGUUAGAUAGAAUGUUAGAACCUGAUCCUAGAAUUAGGAUAUCAGCAGAAUAAGCUCUAUAUUUUAUUAAAGAUAUGGAAUUUGGAGAUGAUUCAUUUGUUGACUUUUCUGAUUAAGAUGAGAGAAACAAUUUUUAGGAAGUUUAUUAAUUUAUUUCAAAAGUAUGUCUUUAGAAUCUCUGA